CUGCCCUAAGAACAAACCACACCUCUUACUACCUUUGACACGUCUCCAGCCCUGCUCUGUAAAACAAACUGCAUCAACAUAUGGUUUACUCCGGGCCAAUUUCUGUCUAAUAUAAAACCUUGCGACAAGUUUCAGGGAUAUUUGUGACUUUUCAAAUAAUAAUUGGAGCUCAACAGAAGGAGACGUGGUGAGGAUGACAUCCAGAGUAAAGCUGUUGGUUUUUCUGCUCUCUACGGCUGUCACUGGAUUGCUGUUGGUAUUACAGUUCACUAACCGGUUUCACCUUACAGUCCUAACCUCGUGUGCUUGUGAAAAAUGUUUAUCCGAAGAUAGUCUGCUUAGUCAUCGUAUGAACCUCUCUGUUGAACCUUUUUUGUCUGCAAAAACCAACCUUUCUGAAGAAGCGUUUAAGUGGUGGCAGCGUUUACAGAAUGAAAAACGGGACUUCCAGUUCUUUAAAAAAGUGGUGAACAACGUCUUUGAGAUAUUCCCCUCUAGUCCCAACCCCAGAAAACCCCACCCUGACAGCUGCAGGACUUGUGCAGUUGUUGGAAAUUCUGUCAAUUUGAAAGGAUCACAUUAUGGUCAGCUGAUAGAUUUUCAAGAUGUGGUUAUAAGAAUGAAUUCUGCUAAAAUAAAAGGCUAUGAAGAAGACGUUGGGACCAAAACCACUCAUCAUGUCAUGUAUCCAGAAAGUGCAGUUGAUUUACAUAAUUCCACUCAUCUUGUGCUGUUUCCAUUCAAAAUUAUGGAUCUUGAAUGGCUUAUAAAGGCUUUUACAACAGGAUUCUAUGGAAUAUCUUAUGCACCAGUAAAGACCAAAAUCAGAGCCAACAAAGAUUUGGUGAUGGUAAUCAACCCAGCUUUUAUGAAGUAUUCUCAUGAGAGCUGGCUGGAAAAGAAAGGGGCAUAUCCAUCCACUGGGUUUAUGACUUUUGUCUUUGCACUUCACAUUUGUGAUGAGGUUCAUGUGUUUGGCUUUGGAGCAGACAGCGAUGGAAACUGGAGCCAUUACUUUGAACUGUUGAGAAACAAAAAGCUCAAAACUGGGCAGCACCCGGGACAUCAUGAAUAUGCCGUUUUAGAGCAGCUGGCUAAUGAGAAAAUUAUAAAAUUUUAUAAAGGUGUAUGAUAGUUCAUGUAGUACAUAUAAACAGAAAUUUGUAUAAACUAAGAAACUUUGUGGGACUGAAGUAGUGUGCAUUUGUUGUCUUUUAUAAUCCUUUAUUACUUUUUACUGAACUUUUUAUUGUGUAAAAUAAAAGUACUUUUAUUUGUUA